CAACAGCAGGGAAUAGUCGUUGCGGCAUGCUUGUCUUUAUCAUUAUCAGAUAAAAUUAUCAGUAAAUUGUAAGAACCUAGGUUUUGUAAGGGAAUUGGAGCAUAAUGAGAUAGGAAAUGUUCAAGUUUGAGUGUAAGACUACACUAGAGAACGCGCUGCUUCUAUAACCACAUAACCUAUCGUCAUUGAUAUUGAGUGUAGUGGCGGCGGUGAGGGCGGAUCUGUAUUACCAUGCGCAACGUCAUCGUGGCUUGAGAAUAUUCCAACUGUUGCCUUGUUUAUAAUCCUUUAUCUGUGUAUAUAUUCAUAUAUAUCUUUGUGUGCGUGUGUGUGUGUUUGUAUAUAUAUAUAUAUAUAUAUAUAUACAUUUAUGUAUCUGCGUGCGUAUAUAUAUAACAACUCCCUCUCUGUGUAUUUGUGUGUUUAGUGAAGGGCACUCCACCCACCCGCAAGAUUUUACUGCAGCGCUACUCUCCUGGAACUGUCUCCCGUCUUUCACCAGAAACUUUACGUUCCUCUCCACACAAUUACCACCACCAUACUCUGCAUUAUUUACAAAUAAUACAUUUAUUUAUUGUUCUCUUUUUCCCUACCCUUUUUGCUACUACUCCCGCCUGCGUAUCACAAGAAUUGAUGAGCCAAAACCUCUUCACUGCCAUCAACUUCUCUCUUCUUGCUCUCUUGCAGCUUUACUAUUAUUCCAACAAUCAACGAACCAAAAACAAACUCUCGUCUCCCAUCUCCCUUCUUCUUAUUCUCUGAAAACCAUUUAACCGCAAUGUUUAAUUAACGCCUCCCCUCUAUUCACCCCCUCUCUCUCUCCCUAUUCUUUUUCUUCUUCUUCAUUUGGUGGAAUUCCUCUUUUCCGAAACACACUGUUGUCUCCGAGUCUUUCUCCCUCUUUCUUUCGCCAGUUCCUACCACGUUCCAACUGCACCGCAGUAUUCCCCGACACUCUUUCAUAUUCAACCCGUAACCCCCAACGUCUAGUGACCACCAUAUCACCAACAACCUAAUAUCUACCACGUCCAGGGUGACCAUUGAACAAACCACUCCGUCCGUUCGUCCACCCACCGGAGACGAGCCAGGAAAGACAGAGAGAGAAAGAAAGAGCGAGAAAAGGAGAGGCGAAGAGAGACAGAGAAAGAGUGCGUGUGUAAAAGAGAGAGAGACGGAGGAAACGGAGCGAGUGAGAGAGCAAAGUAGAAGUGGUGGUGACAGUGUUGGUGUUGCUGCUGGUGGUGGUGGUGGUGGUGUAGAAGUGUUUGGCUCGGUUUACUAUCAAAUCAACCAUGCAUGUCGGUGAGGUGAGGGUAGCUGAUGAUGAAGACUUCAAGAAACUGAAGAAACUCUGUGAAGACAACGAAGGAUGGAAAUUGGAAUAUCACAAAAACAAUACAUUUACAUGGACCAAGCAUAACGACCUCUCGGAUUUUAAACUGGUCAAGAUGCGAAGUACAUUUGACGUUGCUGGCAGCGUAUUAUAUGAUGUCAUACAUGACCCUCACUACCGAAAAGUCUGGGAUCGUGCAAUGAUCGAUGCUUACGACAUUUGUGCCUUGAACCCCAACAAUGAUAUAGGAUAUUAUGCCAUUCGGUGUCCUUCACCUCUAAAGAAUCGAGAUUUCGUCACACUGAGGUCAUGGCUUGCUACCUCGACGGAAUAUUACAUCAUGAAUCACUCUGUGAACCAUAUACAAUGUCCGCCCUAUAAGGAUUACAUCAGAGCCAUCUCCUUCCUGACAGGAUAUCUAAUUGUUCCGAAAGACAAAUCAUCUUGUGUUUUGACUUAUGUAUCACAGUCGGACCCCAGAGGUCGUCUGCCAAGUUGGGUGGUGAAUAAAGCAACGCAGAUCUUGGCACCAAAAGUGGUCAGUAGAAUGAAACAAGCUUGUAAAAACUAUGUGGCAUGGAAAGAACAGAACCAGCCAUAUUAUCGACCUUGGAUCUACCCGGAACAGUGUACUUUAACGCGAUUAAAUCUUCUCCAUAUUAAAAGUUUACAAAUGAAAGAUUCACAAGAAGUUCUCGAUGAAAGCAAUUUAUCAGAGGUGGACUUUCUUGAUGAUGAUCUUUGAAAGAUUUCCGUUUUUUAAGUUCCAUUAAGUCUUAAAGAGUAUGACUGGUCAGUCCCUUUGACUUCUGUUUCACCUGCUCCAAUGAUAUCACUCAAAACUCCCUCAUAUCUUUGGCUAGCUCAGUCUUUCUUGACCUUUAUUCUGUAUUUCUCUUCCUUAACAUUUCACCAUUUUGAAUUCUCUCACCACAAAAAAGAAGUAGUUUUAUAUGCAACACCGUAUAUUUUUAAUGUUAACAGCCUUAUAUUAAAAUUAAUCAACACUAUUACAUAACAUUAAGAGACUUAUAUUAAAAUACUUUUAUACACAGCACUAUUACCUAACAUUAACAGCUUUGUAUUAAAGUAGUCUUGUAUAUAACACAAUUAGAUAAAAUUAACAGAGUUAUUUUAAAGUAUUGUAAACAACACAAUUUAUUUGUAAUGUUAAAAGCCUUAUAUUAAAGUAGCCUUGUACACAUACAGUUACAUAACAUUAACAGCCUUAUAUUAGCCUGAUGUACAACACUAUUACAGCUUUAUAUUAAAGUAGUUUUCUAUAUAACACUUUUAUAUAACAUUAACAAUUUUAUAUUAAUCUAGUAUCAAUUAACAUCUUAGAUCAACAUUUAGGAAAAUAAAUCUAAUUAAAAUAGUGUCAAUAAUGAUAAAGGAAUUUUGAACUUAAAAAUUCAAUUUUUCCCUCAAAUGUAUCUUGAAGUUUCACCCAUCCUACUCUACCCCAUCCCUCACCAAUUAGAAAUUCUCCUCCAGGUUAAGAACCCUGGACUAGACUGACCAUUCCUUUGUUCUUUCUGACCAGACUGUCCAAUGAUGUGUAUCUGACCAUUGUGUGAAACUUCUGACUAGACUGUCCAAUAAUGUAACUGACCAUUCCUCCUUUACUUCCAACUGGAUUGUCCAGUAAUGUAACUGACCAUUCCUUCUUUAUUUCCGACUGGACUGUCCAACAGUAUGACUGACCAUUCUCUCAUUAUUUCUGACUUGACUGCCCAGUCAUGUGACUGACCAAUCAUUUAUUACUCCAGAUCAGACUAUCAAAUGGAAUAAUAACAUAAAAACUCUAAAAUUGUCCAUUGGAAUUAAUCUUGCAGACAAGCUGCUGGUCACUUGGUAACUGCUGAUCUAAUUAAUUAAGAUGACCCAACAGAAUUAACAAACUUUUAUUUAUUCUUCUUCUUCAAUUUCUUUUUUUCUCUGCCAGUUUUACCAAUUCCUUCAGAGCUGGAACUUUUCUUCUUUUCUUCUCCAAGAAGAUAUUUUAAGAUAUUCCUUUACAAAUAUUACAAUCAAUUCAAAUAAAAACAAAAAAGAAACUUUUAUUCCUCUUCUUUUUCUGAAGUUAGGAGAAAUUUGAAAAUAUAUUUAGUAAAUUAAUUAAAACACAAAUUUAAAUUAACCAUUUAGUAUUCAGAUUACUCUGUCAAUUGUAAUGCUUAUUUAUUCACAUUGUUUUGAAUUAAUCCUGCAUUAUUCUUAGAAUGACAUUGCAGGGUAAGUGUGAGAGGCCACAUCUGGCCUGCUUGAGCAUAAAGCAGUUGGAAUAUCUGGGCCGGACACGACAGAAUAUUAACCCUUUCGCAUUCGGAUUAUUCUGUCGAAUGUAAUUCUUAUUCAUUCACCUUUUUUUCAAUUAAUCAUGGAUUAUCUCAUAGCGUCAAGAUUUUGAUGAUGUAAUUGGUUAUUUUAAAAAUGACAGUGUAGAGUAGGUGAGAAAGGCCAGAUCAGGCCAUUUCAAACAUAAAACAGAAUAUUUGGUCCUGGUUUGGCCGAUUUAAAUGGUAAGGGGUUAAACAUAAGUUCAACAUCUUUAAAAUAUUUAAGGAUCUUUUUCAACGAGUUUUAUUUUCUUUUUGGGGUCCUUAUCUAAAAAUUCACUUUUACUCAAGUGAAAUAUUUUUUUCCUUCUUUAUAAUCCUCACUCGUUCCUCUCUUUCCUCAGGGUUCCUUCUUCUUCUCUCACUAAAACCACCCAAAGACUCACAGAAUAUUUUUCAUUUAAAUAUAUUCUUCAAGGUUAUUCAAAAUUUUCUCAUACCAUUUCUAAGAAUAUUUUUUCUACUCCCUUGAACCAGAAUCUUAUCUUUUCGACUCGUUAUAUUGAAUUUUAGUUUUAAUUAUUCUAAAUUUAAUUGUAAACGGAUUUUUUCUACACCCUCAACUUAAAGCAUGUUUUUUUUUUUUUUCCUGAAUAAAACCAGUUUUGUUAA